AUGGUUGGCCUAACCGCGACCAAGAAAAAACUGCCGUUCGAGCCGACAGCUUUGCGAAAAGCGCGGCUGAAAGCUGGGUCGAACAGCGGCACCGGACACGAUGCCCCGAAAUCCUCAGUAGGCGAGCGCGAGCGAGGCGACGAGGAGGAGGCCCAGGGGGAGGAAGAAGACUCGCUGGCGCUGUUCCGUCGCGCCAAGGAGAUGGCGCCGAUCGUCAAGGCGGAUCGCGAGUGGCAGCGGCGCAGGCAAUUACAGAAACAAAAAGAACAAGAGGAGGAGGAGGCGCGCAAGACGGCGUUGGAGAGCAAUAGUGCGUCGGCGGGUAGCAAGCAUACGUUGACCGAAGAGGAAGACGGAGAUGUUGACGUUGUGCAAGCGUCGACACCGAUGGCAUCUUCGGCAUUAGCCAUGUCAGAGGACGACAUCAUGGCCACACGGGAAGCAUCAAACAAUAGGGAACUCAUGACGCCGCCGUCCUCAAAACGCUCUCGGCACGGAUUUUCGACCUCGUCCACAGAACCCAACGGCCCCGGCCUCACCAACACAGCAGAGGCACCUGACUCGCCCACGAUGCGGACAUUGCGCUCACUGGCCCCUGACCGGUCCAUGACACCCGCUCUCUUUGCCACAAACUUGCACGGCAGCGGCGCAUCCACCCCGACAUACAAUACACGUGCGCAGACCCGUAAGAGCGGUAAUGUGCCUGCGGGAUCGCAAGUUAUAUGUCUCGACUCAGAUUCCGAGCCAGAGACUGCUGCUCCCGUCGCCGCCGCGCCCGUAGGAAUCGCGAGUAAAGACGAGUCGCUAGACCUCGACCUCGAUCUUGGCAUACCCGCAAUUGGCGACGAUGAUGACGACGAAUUCGCCGACUACGUACGAAAGGCACAAGAGGAGCGCGACAGACACAAUUUACAAAAAGAGCGAGCCGCGGAAGCCGCAUCCUUGUUCUCGCCGACGGUUCAACCUGAAGGGGCUGCAUCCUCGCUGACGCCAGAGCCGGCCCGGGACACCAUCGACAUCGUCGUCACGUCCGACAUACCGGAUACGAAGGGGUGUCUCAUCAAAUUCUACUUUGACCGGCCGCUGCGCAAGGUGCGUGACAGCUGGCUAAGCGCGCAGCGCCGGAAGGGUCUGCCCCUCGAGCGCAUCUUCGGGCGCGACGAGGACGCCGUGCUCACCUGGCGCCGGAAAAAGGUCUACAUGAGCUCCACGCUGCUGAGCCUGGGCAUCCGGCCCGGCGAGGAUGACACCGGCGUACCCCUUACGGACGGGCGCUUCGGCGGCGGCGGCGACGGCUUCAACGAGAGCGGCACGAGGGUGCACAUGCAGGUCUGGACGCCCGAGCUGUUCGCGGAGAUGGAGCGCGAGGAGGAGCGUCGUCUCCAGCAGGAGCUGUCCGCGGACCGGCAAGGGGUCGACGGAGAGCGGGAGGGCGAAGGAAGGGAGGACGGGGAGGGCGAGGAGGCGGAGGCGCCGGCGACGUUGAGGAUCACGCUCAGGGCAAAGAGCGGGGAGCCGGUGAGGCUCAAGGUCCUCCCGGAGACGACGACGGAGACGGUGGUGGCGGCGUAUCGCGCGCAGAGGGAGGUGCCGGAGGCGGUGGACGUGGGACUCUGGUUCGACGGCAUGCGGCUGGCGCCGGACGCGACGAUGGAGGAUGCGGACAUUGACGACAUGGAUACGAUAGAGGUUCAUGAGAAGUGA